AGUUACCUCUUUGCUCUUUUUAACAUUACACAGUAGAUGUAUCUUCCUAUUUCUAUCAACAUACUUUCUUACAUCAUACUAACACCAUGACUAUCCGUUGGGUAAUCAGUGAGCUUGACCUUUGAUAACCUUUGACCUAAGCACCCUUUCCGUGUCAGCCAUUGUUCUUCGAGCUCCAGAACCACAAGACUUCGAAGGAAGAAAUCCUUUCACCUGCCUUCCCUCAUACGAUGCGGGUAUAAACCAGCAUGUCCAUACAACAGGAGUUCAUCUGUGGCCUCUCUCGCGAGGUGACCAUAGCAGUCCUCCCCAGACUGAACAUGGAGGAGCUGAUAUUUGAACUCAACAGAAGGAUUCAAAACCUGGACGAAGAAAACAGCAUCAAGGACAGACUGGUCAGUAUCCUUAGGGACGUGAUGUUGGAGGAAUACCGUCAGAUGGAAAAUAGGUCGGUGGCAAAAGAUGGAUUUCCAAAUCAAACCAUUGGGCCUGCACAUGAACAUGAACAGGAUACAGAAACGAUGCAAGAGAACGGUCUGACCGAAUACACUGAAACAGGGCCAACAAACAUGUUAGGUCCUGAUGAUGCCUCACAGCAGAGCUCUGGGCCAGACAGUGUUAUCAACACUGAAAACAGUGAUGCAAGUGGAGAAGUGCCAAUGAUCACAAAUGAACCCGAGUCUAAUACAAACCAGAUACAGCUGACUGUUUCACAACAUAAGCAACUUUUUGACACACCCAUUCCAGGUCCGGCAGCACUUCCUUGUUAUGAUACCUCUCUGACACAAAAGGAUGCCACAGCAGACUCUCGUAUUAAAGAAGAAGACUUUGCUACGACAACUGAGGAAGACACUUCUACAUUACGUUCGCAGUUACUUGAUACAAUUAAUCCGUGGAGUAAUUUUUACACAGAGAAACCCUUGGAGAGACAGCAAACCUAUGAGGAAACACAAUUGGCUUCUUGUCAGUCGAUUACAGAUCACAGUGGCGUGCACAUAAAGUUGGAAACCCAUGUGUCCGAGGAUGAUCAAAUCGACCUAAUCUCUCAACUGUCCAACCUGGAUCAUCCUGAACAUUAUGUGGAUGACAGGGGGACUGGUUUCUCAAAUGGCGGACCAGAAGAACGUGGAAAAGAUAGUAUUAAGGAAGCCCCUUUGGUUUCUUGUGAACCGACUCCAGAACAAGAGCCCCUCAUUCCUGACAAUGACUCACGAAUCGAUUCUAAACACUACGUGUGUGACGUAUGCGGAUUCCAAACGCCAUCUGCACAGAAACUGUCCAAGCAUAGGCAACGUCACAAAGGAGAAAAACCUUUCAUGUGUGGCGAAUGUGGUUACAGGGCAUACCACAGAUGUUGGCUUGUUGAACACAUGAAAACACACACUGGCGAAAAAACAUUCAACUGCAAUCAUUGUGACUACAAGGCGUCAUGUAAAAGAAAUCUAGUCGAUCAUAUCAUGAUGACACAUAUGAAACAAACAGAUGCAAAACAUUACAGAUGUGAAAUCUGUGGCUACCAGUCCGACCGAUACUCACACAUUGAGACACAUAUGAUGCGCCACGCUGGUGUGAAACCCUAUAAAUGUGAGAUAUGUGACUACAGAACUACUUACAAGGGCGAUCUUGUUAAACACAGGAGGCGUCACACCGGUGAGAGACCCUACAGUUGUAAAGAGUGUGACUACAAAGCAACUGUCCAGAGCAGCCUGAUCACGCAUAUCAGAAAGAAACACCAGCGGAACUCUCAGUUAAAAACCAGAAACAACAAGUCAUAAAGAAUGAUUAUACAAUUGUUCAUGAUUCAAGCAUAAGACAUUGCUGUGAAUAUUGAGAUAGCAUCAUGUAUUCUAAGUUUAAUUUAUAUUAAGUGCAAAGUUUGUGUCUGUAUAUGUACUAUACUUUGAGUGGUAAAGAGAAGCAAAACCCUGAUGCUGUAUGUCUUUGUGCGAACAUGAAAUAGUUAUUAUCAGACUAAGAACUGUUGCUGUGGGCUUUUGAUAAAUGGGGUAAUACCCCCCUCACAUUAUGUGUGAUUCGAU